GGAGCAGAUUCAAUUCGAUCAGGAGCGCAUGAUAUGCGUGGCAUUGCUGAUUGUGUACAUUUUGAUUUUCGGGACCACGGUGGUUGUGGGUUUGUACUACUCCAAGAGUACGUUGAAACUUAGAAAGAGGAUCGCUAAAGUGGACGACACCUUGAAUAGGCUAGGAUCGACGGUGAAUAAUCUAGAUUUGAUCAAACGAGUGGCAAUUAUUGGAGUCAUUUGGGUCUUUACUGGAUUAGGUUCGAUCGCAGUAUACUUCGUCUGGGUCCUGCAACAGAAGAUCGAAUUGACCACUCUACUCGCCAUCUUUGUUUUCAUUUAUACAACCAGCCUUGGUCCAAUCGUCCUUUACGACUUCUUAACGUAUAUAUAUUGGCUGGAGUUUAGGUUCAAGCAGACGAAUGAAUUUCUGAGGACGUUAUUCUCGAACCCUAAUCAAAUGACGCUGACGGAGACGAGGAAGAUCACGGUUAGACCCGUAGAUCAGAUUCCAAACGGAGAUUACGAAGCACAGGCCGCGAAGAAACUGUAUUUACUGCAACGGAUGAGAUUUCUGCGCUUGGAUUUGUGCUGCAUCGCGAGAACUGUGAACAAAAUAUUCGACACGCAAUUAAUGAUGCUGUCCUCCGCCGCCUUGCUGUACCUCACCACAGUUCUGUAUUACGUAUACGUCGAAAUCCGCAAAUCGCACGACAGCCUACACACCAAUUUGAAAAUGACAGUGAUAAGUCUCAUAACCGCUGUGACCAAUUCCAUGCAGCUCGUCGUGGUGUCCUACAGCUGCGAGCACGUCAUACAAGAGGCAAACAAAAUAACAGAGAUCAUCCACGUAUUGUCUGGACACGAAUUGGACGACGAAAUGAACAACGAGAUCCUCCAAUUGUCUCUGCAGAUAACGCUCAGCCAAACUGGAUCCAAAUUCUUCCGACUGAACUACACCUUCCUGCGCGGGUGCAUAAACUUCGUGAUGACGUACCUGGUCAUUAUGAUACAAUUGGGGAACUCCUUCGAAUUGAUCACUUCGUUUCUCCUUGGAAACGAGACCGUCCCGUUUUAAGCAUUUCUGGAUUGCUGUAUUUAAAUCGUAGUCGAAGAAUUUAUGAG